AUGGAUAAAGAGAGGAAGAUACAGCUCAAGAGAGUAUUUGGAUGUUGCUGGGCACGAGGUUUCUACUUGCUGACGUUUCUGACUGGAGCACACGUUUUUGUGGCCCUCGAAGGGAUAUUGAAGUCCUCGUGCAUGAAUCCGGGGCUCUCCCUGAGCACCUAGGUUGACUGGGUGGGCCCUGUGGUCCUUAUGACCCCUCUCUGCUCAGCAGAGGUAGGCGUGACCUUCCCAUGCAGUGGAGCUCACUACUGUUUUCUCAAGAGGUGUUUUGGCAAUGUGAUUUCUUUCCUGAAUUUCUGGACCACCUUUCUGGGCCCAGGACUCGCUGCCAGGCAGGCUCCGCUCCUUGCUGAGUACAGCAUCCAGCCUUUUUAUCCCAGCUGCUCUGCUCCAAAGCUGCUGAAGAAAUGUCUGGCACUGGGAGUUCUGAGUUCUCGUGGUGUGAGAGAGGUGACUCGGCUUCAGAUAGGCAGCAUGAUGCUGAAAAUGGCCAUCCACGGCCUUCUUUCCCUAAGUGCAAUAGUGUUGCCGGUGAAAGGGAGAAGGGAGAAGCUAGAAUUAUUUCAGAACUCUUUCAAUGCUGAGUUUCCAGAAGCCUCCCAGUUGACAGAAGCCAUCUUCCAAGGAUAUUUUGCAUAUUCAGAUGGGAGAUGCUUUAUGUAUCCAGCAGGCGAGCUAAAGAAACCCAGAAGAAUUCAAAAGUACUUAUUUCUUGCAUUCCCUCUGGUAACUCUUGUUUAUUUCCUGGUUAACAUUUCCUACCUGACUGUUCUGACCCCCAAGGAAAUGCUCUCUUCAGCUGCUGUUGGUGGAGCCCGCCUGACCACUUCCCGCGUGGAGCUGCCCCAGUGGAAUCGAUUUUGCUUAAAUGAACUCUUAAAAUUUUUAGGUCCCCGAGGUAUGACAGAGAAAUCGGAUCCCAGCCACUUAGAGGCUGUAACUUCGAAGCCAAGUUUUUCCAACAGCAGCGUGCGCCGCGAUGUCUAA